AUGUUCCCCGUCGACCUGGACGACCCAAACAGCUCGCUGCUCAACUCAAUCUCGUGGGCGAUCCGCAACUGGCGCGUCUUCCUGCAGUGGCGGUAUGUGCCGUGGUACGUGCUGCUCGUGCUGCUCGCCGCUUCCGCUAUCUUCACGGCGGUGUACCACAAGUCGUUGGUCAAGCUGCUCGAGCCAACGUCGCAUCACCUCAAGCGCUCCUGGUGGGGCUGGAUCCUCCCCGUUGUCAUCCUCUUCAUUGUUUCCUUCCCGCCGCUCUUUGGGCACGAGGUCAUCGCGAUCCUUUGCGGCAUCGUCUGGAGUUUCAGCGUCGCCCUCGGCAUUGUCGCCCUUGGUACGCUGCUGGGAGAGAUCGGCAACUUUUACGCGUUCAAGACCUGCCUUCGCGGGAGGGCGCGCAAGAUGGAACGCAAGAGCACCGAUUAUGCGUGCCUCGCACGCAUUAUCCGCGACGGCGGCUUCGUCGUCGUCCUCAUGGCGCGCCUCUCCGCCAUCCCCGGACACUUCACCACGGCCAUCUUCGCGACCGUCGGCAUGAGCAUAGGCAUCUUCACCCUUGCCGCCGUCCUCAGCCUGCCGAAGCAGGCCGCCAUUGUCUACGUCGGCGUUGCCAUCAAGAUCUCCGGCUACAAGACCGAGAGGCACACGGAUAAGAUCAUCAAGUACUCCGUCCUCGUCAUCACCGCCAUCGUCACCGUCCUUGCUGCGAUUUACAUAUACCACCACAUGCGCAUCGCCCGCCCCGCCGUCCAGCGCCAGCUGCGCCACCAGCGCUUCCUCAUGCUCUGCGAUGCGGCCACG